AUGGUGUCUACUUUGCAAUCAUAUAUCUAUGAAGAUUUGCAGCCAAAAAUUGAAACACAGAAUACCCCAGAAUCUCACCUUCUCAUUGUUUACAUUCCUGAUGGUUUUACAAAAGGAGAUCUUGGUGCAAAAGUUGAGUAUGAUUUUGGAAGGGUGAGUGUUUUUGGUGAAAGAUCAAUUGGAUCAAAUAAAAGGAGCCGUUUCAAUGAAAAGUAUCAAGUUCCAACACAUUGUGAUAUUGGCAAUAUUAGAGGUAAGUUUGAUGGAAAAACUGUCACUAUUACAAUGCCAAAUAUUCCAGGUAAAGUUCCUCCUCAACCAGAACAAAAACCAGUUGAAGAUAAUAAUGCUGCUAAGGUAAAUGAUCAAAAGGAUCAACAAAACACUUCUCUUCAAGAUCCUAAAUCAAAUGUUGAAAGUAAAGAAGAUGCUACUCCACAAGAUGCGCAAAAAGUGACUACUCCUCAAAAGGGUUUAGAAGAAACUUCUCAAAAAGAUCAAGUUACAAAAGAUGAUGAGAAUCCAACCUCGCAAGAAGCCACAAAAGAGUCUAUAGCUCAAAAGGGUCCGGACGAAAUUUCUCAAAAAGGUCAAGAACAAAUUUCUAAAAAUGAGUCCGUACCUCAAAAGGAUCGAGAAGAAAUUUCUCAAAAAGAACAUGUGCCUCAAAAGAGUCGAGAAGAAAUUUCUCAAAAAGAACAUGUACCUCGAAAGGGUUGGAAAGAAAUUUCUCAGAAAGAGUUUAUACAUAAAAAGGAUCAACAAGAAAAUUUUCCGGAAUCUCAAGUUACAAAAGUUGAAAGAAAGGAAAAAUCUCAUCACGAGACUUCAACAUCGAAAGGAACACACGAGUCUAUGCCUCAAAAGAGUCAAGAUCAAGAAACUCCCAAUAAAGCCGCAGAUACAAAAGAUGCAAAACUUCAAACACAAGAAACCACAUCAAGUCAAAAAGAUGAGAAUAAGGAAAAUCAAAAGCCAGUAAAUGAAGAAACUAAGAAUCAUCUUAAGAAAACUAUGGAAUCAGAAAAGCCACAAGUUAUGAAUGAUUCUUCCCCUACAUUUGAAAAGGAAACCGAAGAAGAAAGCAAAGAAUCUGCAAAAGUUGAAACUUUUCCUCCAAAGAAAACAUUCAUAGAGAAAGAAAAGGAAAUGAUCAACGAUAAACUUGGCGAUGAUAACUACGAUGAUGAGAAAAAAAGUGAUAAAAAGAGCUUUCAUGAAUCAACAAGAACAAGAAUCAAAGACAUGGCUUUAUCUACUACUCAAGUUAUAACUAAUUACGCAAAGAGGUUCAAUGAAGAAGAUAAACAAAAGCUAAUAUACACUGGUGCAACAAUUCUUGUUCUUGCACUCGGUGUUUACGCUUCUUACAAGUAUCGUUCCUCGCGUAGAUCAUAA